ACGAUUGCGAUUUGGUUACUGUACCAAUUUUUUGACGUUACAUUUUUGCGGAGGUUGCGUUACUUCCGACAUUUGAUGGCUGUGUUUUGUUAUUAUAGGUUGACCUUAUUCGCAAUAGAAGAUUUAGCAUAAUGGGUAAAAAAGGAAAAGCAGGAAGUGGCAAUUUAGGAAAAGCUUUGAUCAGAGAUCGUUUCGGUUCUUCAAAAAAUAGAAAAAAUGCUGGUUCAUCUAUGCUUCAUACGGCCGAAAUAAACGAUGGAUACGACUGGGGACGUCUUAAUCUCCAGUCUGUUACGGAAGAAGAUUCUUUUCAAGAGUUCCUUUCAACCGCCGAAUUAGCAGGGACUGAGUUUUAUGCAGAGAAAUUAAACAUUAAAUUUGUUAAUCCAAGGAGCGGAGUAGGAUUACCUUCAAAGGAUGAGAAAGAACAGAUAUUGGAAUCGCAAAGAAAAAAUAAAGAGUUCUUAAAAAUACCCAGAAGACCAAAAUGGGAUAAUUCCACUACAGCCAGUGAAUUGCAAAGUAAAGAAAGAGAAGAAUUCUUGGCAUGGAGACGGUCUCUUUCUAUGUUACAAGAAGUAGAUGGGUUGAUGUUAACACCGUACGAAAAGAAUUUGGAAUUUUGGAGACAGUUGUGGAGAGUAGUAGAACGCAGUGAUGUUAUUGUGCAAAUUGUCGAUGGAAGGAAUCCUUUGCUCUUCCGUUGCGAGGAUUUAGAAGCAUAUGUCAAGGAAGUAGAUCCUAAGAAAAUGAACAUGAUACUUAUCAAUAAAGCAGAUUUCUUAACAGAGGAACAAAGACAAGCAUGGGCAAAAUAUUUUUCAGAUAUUGGUAUAAAAGUUGCGUUCUUUUCUGCCACAUUGGCAUCUGAAGGACAAAAAACUAAAGACAUAAUAGAAGAAGAAAGUUCUGAAGAUGAACAAGAUGACAAAGUAGAAAGUGAAAGCGAUGAUAAUGAUGAAAGGAAUGAAAAUGAUGACAGUAAUGAAUCUUUAUAUAAUUCAGAAUUUGCAUCGGAAAGCGAAUAUGAAAGUGCAGACGAUGGUAUUAAUAGUACCAGCACAGAGCAGACAAAUGAAACUUCUGAAUUAGAAACUGAAAAGCACUCUUGUUCCAAAGACAAUAAAUGCAAUUUACAUGCGUUAGAAGAUGUAGAAGACAAAGUAGAUGAAGAAACUAUAAAAGAAGGCGAUACAAAAAUCGAAAAUUCCUCAGAAUUAUUAGGUAGAGAUCAAUUAGUAUCAUUUUUUAAAAGAAUUUAUAAGGGUGAAACAUAUACAAAAGGCAUUACUACAAUCGGUUUGGUAGGAUACCCAAAUGUCGGUAAAAGUUCCACAAUUAAUGCUCUAUUAAUGGACAAGAAAGUAUCUGUGUCAGCAACACCAGGGAAAACAAAGCAUUUUCAGACACUCUUUUUAGAUAAGGAUCUACUUCUUUGUGACUGUCCUGGAUUAGUAAUGCCCAGUUUUAUUUGCACAAAAGCAGAAAUGAUUUUAAAUGGCAUAUUACCCAUUGAUCAAAUGAAAGAUCAUGUACCACCAAUCACAUUAUUAGGUACUUUAAUACCAAGACAUGUUAUAGAAGAUCUUUAUGGUAUUAUGAUACCUCUGCCAUUAGAAGGGGAAGAUUCUGAUCGUCCCCCAACUGCAGAAGAAAUUUUAAAUGCUUAUGGAUAUAAUAGGGGUUUCAUGACACAAAAUGGACAACCAGAUAAUCCACGUUCUGCUCGAUAUUUGUUAAAAGAUUUCGUCAACGGUAAACUAUUAUAUUGCGUUGCACCACCAACGGUAGAGCAAGAAACUUUCCAUACAUUCCCUCCACGAAGAAGGAUUCGUUCUACCAAUACUCAUGUACCGCUUAGAACAAUAUAUGCAAACAAGAGGAGUAAGAUCAGUUCCGAAGAUGUGGAUAAGAUAUUUUUUCAAAGAAAUACCUCGACUGCACACGUAAAGGGAGUAAUCGGAAAGAUGCACGGUUUAUGUCGUUACGAUUCCAAGGAUACGGUAUCCAUGAUUGAUUCCACACGAAGUUUGUCGCUUGAAGAAAAACCUUGGAAAAAGUUUAAUAAACACGCAAAUAAAAAGAAACAUGAAAAAACAAGAAGAUUGUAUGCUCAUCUUGACCGGCAUUGAUUUACGAUGAUUAGGAUUAUGCGUCACUUAAAUUGUGUGAAUCGAAGGCCUUUUCGCUAUAUAACAGCGAAUCAUAUUUUGUAAUGUACAAAUCUCUGAAUUGAAAAUUGUUUCAGAGAUUCAUAUUAAUUCUAUGUACGACAAAUACAUUCUAACAAUAAAAUACAUACACAUAUAAGAAUAAUCUGUACUUAUAUGUGUAUAUAUUA